AGUUAAAUUCACCGCGCGUUUUUAUAUUAUUAUCGAUAAAAAAUGGUUCUGAUUACACCAGUAACACCACCUGAACAUUUACUUUACACUGCCAAUAACAUAAGACUAAAAUUGGGUAAUAAAAUAAUUGGGCAGGGCACAAUAUAUAUUUCCCAAAACUCUCUUUCUUGGCAACCUACCAAUCUGCCUGAGGGAAUUUGUAUUGAUUGGAAACAAGUGAGCCUGCACGGUAUCUCGCUAAACCCCACUAAAUGCAUUUACUUUAUGUUGGACCAUCAAGUCAUGUGGGAAGGCGUCUACAUGGACGAGCCCGGGUCGUUAUUAGAAAACAAUCAUGAUGUCGAAAUUGAUAAUAGUUUUGAAUUUGCGAUAAUGGAACAACCAGUUACCGAAUGCUGGUUGCUUCCAGACGAUAUCGACAUACAUAGCGUUGAUACCAUGUAUCGCGUCAUGACCACGUGUCAGACCUUACACCCUGAUUCAGAGGAUACAAAUUCAGACGAAAGCGAAGACGAAUUCGCAAUUGGUGGCAUAAUUCACGAGGACCAAGAAGCUGGAAAUAGCGACGAAAAUGGUCGUGCAGAGUCUUGUGUGAUGGGCGGCAUGAUGCAAGAGCUGAAUUUGGAAGACGAACGCUUUGAAGAUGCAGAGGAGUAAGCCGAAGAAUAUAAAUCAAUAAAUUAUUCUUGUGUUUAAUAUUUUCGUAAAAGAAUAAAUUCAUAGUACUUAUUUAUGUAUGUACAUGUAUACUAAAA